GCUUCCUUCCCUUCAAACCCGGCUGUUAGUGCUGUGUGAGUGCGUGUGUGCUCUGAGCUCGCUCAUCACACAUUCUAUAAAAAAAAAAAAAUAAAAAAAAAAAUUCAAAACGUGAAAACAAAUACAAAAAAUCUUUUUUUUUUCUUCUUUUUUUUUGUAACAAGUCAGUGAAGAAGGAGUAAAGACGGUCGAAGACUGACGGUAACGUACCCAAACGUGUCGGAUUUUUUUUUCAGUCGUCAGCUUUUUUCCCCCCCUUACUCCGUUUGUCAGAUUUUAACGGCUGUUUUAACAUAAACUGAAGUCGACGUCGUGUCGUUUUAAAACACUCGAAUUAGACAUUCGGGCUCCAACUGACAAGUCAACAGUUGUAUAACGUUUGCAGGUCGGUAUCCAAGCCCCUACCGACGACACUGACCGUUAGCGAACCAGGCAUUCGCAACUUUUCUUCGUCUUCUUUUCCGUUAACAAACUCAAGCGUAGUCCGUUUAUAACCGCUAGUCUCGAGGGAAAAAAAAAAAAAAAGAUGAACCCCAGCGCUCCCAGUUACCCCAUGGCCUCCCUCUAUGUCGGGGACCUGCAUCAAGAUGUGACCGAGGCCAUGCUGUAUGAGAAAUUCAGCCCAGCCGGAGCAAUCCUCUCGAUCCGGGUCUGUAGGGACAUGAUCACCCGGCGUUCCCUCGGAUACGCCUAUGUCAACUUCCAACAGCCAGCGGACGCUGAGCGGGCACUGGACACCAUGAACUUCGACGUGAUCAAAGGGCGGCCCGUACGCAUCAUGUGGUCGCAGCGUGAUCCGUCUUUGAGAAAAAGUGGUGUGGGAAACAUCUUCAUCAAGAAUCUUGAUAAGUCUAUCGACAACAAGGCUCUUUAUGACACCUUCUCUGCUUUUGGGAACAUCCUGUCCUGCAAGGUGGUUUGUGACGAGAAUGGCUCUAAAGGCUACGGCUUUGUUCAUUUUGAGACCCAGGAAGCUGCUGAACGAGCAAUUGAAAAAAUGAACGGCAUGCUGCUUAAUGACAGAAAAGUAUUCGUUGGCCGCUUCAAAUCUCGUAAAGAGCGGGAGGCUGAGCUGGGCGCCCGGGCAAAAGAGUUUACUAAUGUUUACAUUAAAAACUUUGGUGAUGACAUGGAUGAUGAGAAGUUGAGGGAGCUCUUCAGUAAAUACGGAAAUGCGCUGAGUACCCGGGUCAUGACUGAUGAGAGCGGAAAGUCCAGAGGCUUUGGCUUCAUCAGCUUUGAAAGACAUGAAGACGCACAGAAGGCAGUGGAUGAAAUGAAUGGAAAGGACCUGAACGGGAAGCCCAUCUAUGUCGGCCGCGCUCAGAAGAAGGUGGAACGACAGACGGAGCUAAAGCGCAAAUUUGAGCAAAUGAAACAAGACCGUAUGACUCGCUACCAGGGCGUCAACUUGUACGUCAAGAACCUUGAUGAUGGGAUUGAUGAUGAACGCCUGCGGAAGGAGUUCUCCCCGUUUGGCACCAUAACCAGUGCCAAGGUCAUGAUGGAAGGCGGCCGCAGCAAAGGCUUUGGAUUUGUCUGCUUCUCGUCCCCAGAAGAGGCGACUAAAGCCGUCACAGAGAUGAAUGGACGCAUCGUGGCCACCAAGCCACUGUAUGUGGCUCUGGCCCAGAGAAAAGAGGAGCGUCAAGCCCAUCUGACCAACCAGUACAUGCAGCGCAUGGCCAGUGUGCGUGCCGUGCCAAAUCCUGUCAUCAACCCUUACCAGCCCGCCCCACCCUCUGGGUAUUUCAUGGCUGCAAUACCUCAGGCCCAGAAUCGUGCUGCUUACUACCCAGCUGCUGGCCAGAUGGCUCAGCUCCGCCCAAGUCCACGCUGGACAACCCAGGGCGUCCGGCCCCAACACUUUCCGAACAUGACAGGUGCCAUGCGUGCGUCAGCUCCACGCCCUCAGAACUUUGGUACCAUGCGGCCUACUUCUCAGGUCCCCCGCAUGAUGUCCACCCAGCGUGUCGCCGCUCAGACCGUGGCUCCCCGACUGGCCAAUGCAGCAACAACCGCUCCGGUGCGCGGAGUGCCUCAGUACAAGUACGCUGCAGGAGUCCGCAACCCUCAGCAGCACAUUACCUCCCAGUCUCAAGUCACUCUGCAGCAGCCGGCGGUUCACGUUCAAGGACAGGAGCCUCUGACCGCUUCCAUGUUGGCUGCUGCUCCACCACAGGAGCAAAAGCAGAUGCUGGGUGAGCGUCUGUUUCCACUGAUCCAGAACAUGCAUCCCAGCCUGGCAGGCAAGAUUACUGGCAUGCUGCUGGAGAUUGACAACUCAGAGCUGCUUCACAUGCUGGAGUCCCCAGAGUCUCUCCGCUCCAAGGUGGACGAGGCUGUGGCUGUGUUACAGGCCCACCAGGCCAAGGAAGCCGCUCAGAAGACUGUGACAAACUCAGCUGGUGUCCCAAGUGUCUGAACCCAAGGAGUGGGCAACCUUGAGAUGAGCUUCACAGACAGGCGGUGGGGGGGGGGAGAGGCUUGAAAAAAUACACAAAACAAAGUAAAAAGCUGUCAAAUACAAAGUUUUAAAAAAAGAAAACGAUGGAAACAAGUCUCCAGCCAGUCCUGUAACAAACACAAAUACUGCUUUGCCGAGCUUAAAAAAAAAAGCAAAAAAAGAGAAAAAGAAUUAAAACCAAAAAAUGCUCCGUUUGAGGUGUUUUAGAGGAAAAAUAUAUGAAAAAUGUAAGUGAAAGCAUUCCUUUCUGCCAUUUUAUCCAUUUUAAAUGUUUGAAUGUAUGAGCUCCUGAAGCCUGUUAUUGUGAAAUUUCUCUUUAUCUUUGCUUGCUUGAAUAAACAUUCUAAAGUAA